AUGGAAAACUCCGAUUCCGGCGACGAAGCAGAUGAAUCCGCGGCACGGCGCAGAAGCCAAAUGGAUCGAUUGGUUCGCGAAGAAGAGUUCUAUCGAUUUAUAAAUAACCUGAGCGAAGAAGAUUACAAGCUUAUGAGAGAUAACGAUUUGUUGGGCAACCCAGGAGAAAGUACGGAAGAGGAGUUGCUGAGGAGACUUCGACGGUUGAAAGAAAACCCGUGGCAAAACGCAGACGAAAAUAAAGGUGAAGACUCUUUGGAUGAUGUGUCUAGUGCUGACUCUAUAAUAGAUUGGCUUGAUUCUUUCGAACAAACAGAAAAUGUGACAAGUGGACAAAGAGAACACCAAUAUUGGGAAGAAGUAAGUCAGGUUAAUCCAUACGGUGAUUUUGGAUUCAGUUCAGAAACAUUUAUUAAUUUCAAUAACAGUAACCGAAAUCCAGAGAAUGAAUAUACACCAUCUACAAGAUUUCUCAGAGGAGAAAACGUGGAAAACAGCCAAAGUCAUGCGGAAAAUCCGCAAGCUGAAUCGACAUUUACAAGACCUUCUAGAUCAGAACAAAGUACACCUGAAGCAUUAAUGGAAGUCCCAACUACCAGAGGUCAACGAAGAGCAAGAAGCAGAAGCCCAGACCAUCGUAGAACCAGAGCAAGAAUUGCAAGUAGGUCACCUCCACGUUCACUGAGUGAAAUGUUACGAAGACAUCAUCAUAGUCUAGUAUCUCCAACUUUUGAGCAGCCUCUGGUAAAUGAGACUGAGAGAUUUUCAAUAACUCAGCACCAAGAAACAUCAAGAGAGCAAAUAACUGGAACUGAGCUGCAAAAUGUGGGUCUUUCUGCAGCUUCAGGAACAAGUAAUGCUGUUCAAGAAGAAUCUUCUCCAGAAACAACCAGUGAUGGUGACUCUUGGGAACUAAUACAAAUAAAUCCGAUCUUAUGCUUCGAUUCUGAAGAGGAACUAGUUCAUCCUGAAAGAGACAGCAUAGCUAGUGAAACUCUGAUAACAUCUGAAACACCAAACACUAUCACUUUAGAAAGUGAACAAGGAGGACUUGGACAUAUGUUUUCACAUUCUGAGCAGGCAGAUAUGAGAGCUUAUGACAGUGCCAUCGAAAUUCCCAUUCAUAGAAGUCUAAAUACUGGUUUAAAUGAUACAACACCUGUUGCCAUUCAAAGCGACUUGUGGCAGAUGACAGAUUUUAGUGAUUCAACUAACCUGCUCAACAGGGACAGUGAUUUAGAGCCUAGUCACUCACCUUCAAGUCAAAGCAUGGAAAGGGUAGAGUCACCCAAUGGAAGAGAUCAGUCUAAUGAUAAUUCCACAUUGGUUUCUAGUUCCAACUCCAAUUACACGUCUAGUUCCAAUUCUACUCCUAUGUCUAGUUCUAGCUCAAGUGAUGAAAAUUCAGAUAUUAGCUCACUGAUUUUUGAAGGCGAUGAUGAAAGAGGCUUAUCACCAAGCUCAUUGUCAGAAACUGGACGAGACAGUAAUAGAUCUAUGUCCCCAGUAAUAUUUGAUGAAAGUGACUCUUGGACCUCUCUUGAUCUUGACCAGUUUUUUCUCUUAAGUGAUGACCAUAACCAACCUACAGGACUUACCAAAGCACAGAUUGACAACUUGGCUACAAGGGCUUUUAGAAGCAAUGAUGCAUUAAAAGCCUGUGGCAUUUGCAUCACAGAGUACUCAGAAGGCAACAGGCUUCGCAUUCUUCCUUGCUCCCAUGAAUAUCAUGUCCACUGCAUAGAUCGCUGGCUGGCUGAGAACACUACCUGUCCAAUUUGCCGUGGGAAAGUAGUAGAUUCUGAUGAGGGAGGCAAUGCUAAUUGA